GAGCGUGUCUUCUUCUGGUAAUGGAUUAUUUAUUUUUGAAAAAGGUGAAGUAACUUAGAUUUGAAAAUAACUGGUGAAUAAGGAACGUGCUUCUGUCACAUCAACGCGCUUGCAAGAGACUCGACUACGUACAAGUUCCCAUUUUCUCUUUGCUCUUCGCUGGUCUGAAAUGGCUACGGUUUUGGGUUUGGUUCUUGUGGGGUUUGGUCUCGGGGUGUUGGCCGUUGUUGCUGCAGAAGCUCUGGGGUUGUUAUGGAUCAUGAAAAGGUUGCAGCAUAAGAGCAACAGCGACGAAGCCUACUUCUCUUCCAAGACCCUAACUACUGCGCUGCUUGAUCCCCAACAGUCUCUGGAUUUUGCGUUUAGAAAGCAGGGUGUGGUUUGGGUUCUGGAAUCUGGGAAAAUUACAAAACAGUCCAGGGAGCAAAAAAGGAAAAAUGAUCUCUUGGAGGUUUCCCCUGUUAAGAUGUAUGGACAAAUCAAGGGUCAAUCACUUAUUCUUAGAGACUCUGAUGGUUUGCACACAACGAUUGAACUCAAGGGCUGUGCAGUUCAAGCCGUGUCCGCAUCAAUACUUUCUUCAAGAAAAUGGGCAAAGAAGUUCCCUAUCAAAGUGGAAAACAAAACCUCUGUCAUAUACAAGGGAAACAAAACUAUUUAUAUAUAUCUUGACACUUCAUGGGAGAAAGAAGCAUGGUGUAAGGCCCUCAAUCUAGCUUCAUGUGAUAAAAAAGAAAAAAUCAAAUGGUUUACCCAGUUGGAUGAUGAGUUUCAUAGUUAUCUGACUUCCUUGAACUCUGUUUACCAUUCUUUUAUGAAACCAUCGGUUGGAUCAAGUGUUGAAGUGAUAGAAAGUGCUGGUAAGCCUGAUGGUUCUUCCUCAAAGGUUCGGCAAUUUUGGAGAAAGGUUUCUAAAAGAACAUCCCGAGUUGGUUUGGAAAAUAUAUCAACUCGAUCUUCACAAUCGGGUAGUGAAGGGAAAAAGACCACUGAGAAGCUUCGGGCUUGCCAAGAUGCGAUUUUGGCUACUAGUUUGUUGAAGUCUGCUUCAACAUCAAAGCUUCUAAACAAUUCCAUAGUAGACAAUGAGAAGUUUAGCAUUGAUGAAGGAACAUUAUGUUGGAAUUUGUUGAUUUCUCGGCUCUUUUUCGAUGCCAAAGGAAAUGAGCAGUUGAAGAGAUCCAUGCAAGCAAGGAUUCAGAAAACAUUGUCCAAUAUGAGAACUCCAGGUUAUAUUGGUGAAGUCAUCUGUACCAAUAUCAAUACUGGGAAUGUUCCACCUUGCAUUGUAGGAAUGCGGGUUCUUCCUAUGGAAAUGAGUGAAGUAUGGGCCGUAGAAGUUGACAUUGAAUAUUCUGGAGGUGCACUAUUAGAGAUUGAAACAAGGCUUGAGCCUCGUGAACUAGAGCUCGAUGCAGGAACAGAACACUCAAAUCCACAGCCAAACAAUGCUGGAGCUGUCCCUUCAGAUCUUAUUGAAGAUUUUGAAUAUUUUGAAGAGCAAUUGAAUUUUGCAGAAAGAACGAAUGAUUUACAAGAGCACAAAGAAGAAGGUGAUUGGAACCCUGAUGUUUCCAAGACCUUUAAGAGCACUAUUCCUUCGUUAAAUCAUGGAUCAAGAUGGAAAUCUCUAUUAAAUUCCGUUGCCAAACAGGUUUCCCAGGUUCCUCUCACCUUGGCAAUAAGAGUGACUUCCCUUAGAGGAACAUUGCGCUUGCAUAUAAAGCCACCUCCCUCUGAUCAAUUGUGGUAUGCUUUCACAUCAAUGCCAGACAUUGAUUUCAACAUGGAGUCAUCUGUUGGAGAUCGUAAGAUAACAAGUGCUCACAUUGCUUUAUUCCUGGUCAACAGGCUAAAGACUGGAAUUCGGGAAACUUUGGUGCUCCCAAACUGUGAAAGUGUAUGCAUCCCAUGGAUGCUAGCAGAAAAGGAUGAUUGGGUUCCUCGAACUGUUGCUCCAUACAUAUGGGUUAACCAAGAAUUUAGAAAUGAAACUUCCACUUCAACUUAUACCAAUAAUCAACCUUCUGGUGGAGUGAAAACUAGUGGUGCUAGCAUCUCAAGUAAUGAUUCAGAGCACAAACAACAAAAUUCAACUAGUGCUGAAUCUAGUCAAGAAGCAACUAGGAAAUCAUCAGAUUCUCUAGAACUGUCAUUAAAUUCCUCUGAUUCAGUGACAUCAGAAAGCAACAGGAGUUUCGAAGAGCCUGAUGCACCAUCAUCAGAGAAUGACAAACCUCAAAAGACCAUAGAUUUGAAAGAAUUUAAGACAUCAUCGUUACAAGAUGACAAACCAUUUGAGACUAAUGAACAGAAUAUGGAGACUAAUGAACAGAAUAUGGAGAAUAAUUCUGAGUUUCAGUCAGAACAUAAAACUGCGGUGAUGGAGAGACGAAAUCAUUCUAUUGAGAGGGAAGAUGGAUUGCCAAAAAAAAUGGGGAGAAGGGAAAGGAUGCUUGAUUUGGGAAAGAAGAUGAGUGAGAAAUUGGAAGAGAAAAGGCGUCACAUUGAGGAAAAGAGCAGACACAUUGUUGAAAAGAUGCGAGGACCAUAAGAAUAAGAACUAUUAAUCAGGUAAAUAAUCAGAAUGUAUAUCUGGUGUUAAUGAUCUGUUGUUCAUAUGAAAGACAAGUUUAUCCGUGUGGCAGUUGAGUGUGGGGUGUCGGAUAUUGUUUCAUUGAAUGAGUUUUAUAUUUCAAGUUGCUUAUACCAUCAAAAUUGAAAUGGAAUUAGGUACAUACAACAUAUUAUCCCAGUGAAGUAAAAAUUGUUGAUUCUUGUAA